UUAAGUGUGUAAGUGUAAACACUAACUAUGGACGAAAGUGAACAGGAACACGUGAAAAAGUACAAAAGUUUACCGAGGUUAAAAAGGAAGGAGACAUGGCGGAAGAGCAGGCUGGACACAUGGUUCGGCCGGCCGAAGAAGGGCGGCGGCAUCGAGCGCGGCUACGACACGGUGCCGCGCGCCGAGCCGAGCCGCGCCGAGGACGAGGAGCCGAACGCGGCCAACGAGUACACCAGCAAGAUAGACGCGCUCGACGACACGCAGCUGCAGAGGAGGUUCGAGGAGAUGCUGUCGGACAUGAAUCUCAGCGAAGAAAAGAAGGCGCCGCUCAGAAAAUACUCGCGGGACCAGAAGAAGAAAAUGCUCGUCGCUUACAAAUUCGUCAACGCGCAGGAAGGCCGAUCAAAAUUCGAAAAGCCGUCAGACUACGUAGCGUACCUAAACCAGCCUGAACUCUCCGUAGGCAAGCUCCACAGUUGUCUAGAAAACCUAAGGAUAGCCCUAACUAACAACCCCCUAUCGUGGAUAGAAGAAUUUGGAACGAAGGGCAUCGAGAGCAUAUUGACUACGCUGAAUCUGUGUUAUACCAAUGACUCCCGUUACGACCGAGUGCAAUACGAGUGCAUCCGCUGCCUGUCCGCCAUCCUGAACAACACAGUGGGCAUCAGAACUGUGUUCGAGUGCAGGGAAGCAUUGCCGGUCUUGGCAAGGAGUUUAGACGCCAGGAAACCGCAUUGUGCUUUGGAGGCGGCCAAGGUACUAGCAGCCAUAUGCCUCAUCCCGAACGGUCACGAGAAGGUUCUGGAAGCCAUCACGAUGGCUGGGGAGUCCAAUAGGAAGCCGCGGCUGCUUUGCAUCGUCGAGGGACUAGAUAGCAAAGCCCCUGAGAGCUUAAAGAACGGAUGUAUGCAGCUCAUAAACGCCAUAAUAACGGAACCGGAAGAGCUCGAGUUCAGAAUGCAUUUGCGAAGCGAAUUCAUGAGGACGGGACUGCAAGAUCUAAUAGACGAGCUGCGAGCGGGCGCGGAGGGAGCGAGACAGAUUCAAAUGACCGUAUUCGACCAACACGCCGCCGCCGACCAGGACGAGUUUCUAGCGAAGUUCGAUGACGUCAGAGUGGAUUUCCACGACGCCAACGAAUGCUUCGAACUGGUGAAGAACUUAGUCAUGGAUACGCCGGCGGAGCCAUACCUACUCUCCAUACUGCAACAUUUGCUGUUUAUACGAGAUGACGAGUUAAUAAGGCCAGCAUACUACAAGCUAAUAGAGGAAUGCAUCACGCAAAUAGUUCUACACAAGAACGGCUACGACCCCGACUUCAGAGCCACACAGAGAUUCAAUAUCGACGUGCAACCGCUUAUAGAAGGACUGAUUGAAAAAUCAAGAGCAGAAGAAGAAAGAAAAGUAGACGAACUAAAACAAAAGCUUGAGGCCGCCAUAGCAGCGAGACAGGAGGCCGAAGCGAGGGCAGAGCACUUAGAACAACGUCUAAAAGGCUCGCCCAGCGGCCCUGGCGGUGUCACGCAGGGAAAUAUAGCCGCUAUUGCUAAGGCGAUAGGGAGCCCCGGAGGCCCGGCGCCGCCGCCGCCGCCACCAAUGCCGGGAGUGGGCGGCGGGCCGCCUCCCCCUCCACCCCCGCCGCUGCCGGGCGGGCCGCCGCCGCCCCCCAUGCCGGGUGUGGGGGGUCCGCCGCCCCCGCCCCCCAUGAUGGGCGGCCCGCGCCCGCCGCCGCCGCCCAUGGGGGGACCCAUGGCGCCAAGAAUGCCCCAACCCGACGUUUUGCCCCACGGUCUGAAACCUAAGAAGAAGUGGGAGGUGGAGGGACCUCUGAAGCGAGCCAACUGGAAAACGAUCGUUCCUGCCAAGAUGUCCGAGAAAGCCUUCUGGGUCAAGGUACAAGAAGAAAAGAUGGCGUCGCCGGACAUUCUCAGCGGAUUGGCGCUCAAGUUCUCCAGCAAACCCGUCGCCAAGAGGAACGAGGAUGCGGUCGAUAAGGUCCACACACUAAAAAAAGUGAAAGACCUAAAAGUCCUAGACAGCAAAGCGGCACAGAACCUCUCUAUCCUAUUGGGCGGCUCUCUCAAACACAUGUCGUACGAGCACAUACGAACGUGCGUGUUACGAUGCGACACGACAGUGCUGUCGGCUAAUGUGCUGGACUUACUUAUACAGUACCUACCACCCGCGGACCAGCUUAAAAAGCUGUCAGAAUUAAAGAACAAAGAAGACCUAACAGAAGCUGAGCAGUUUUCAGCCACAGUGGCUGACGUCAAGCGUCUAGUGCCUCGGUUAAGGAGUUUAGCGUUCAGAGAACACUACACGGAGAUGAUAUCUGAAGUUAAACCGGACAUCGUGUCAGGCACAGCGGCGUGUGAGGAAGUUAAAUCUAGCGGCAAAUUCGCGAAGAUCCUAGAACUGUUGCUGUUAUUAGGAAACUAUAUGAACACUGGCUCUAACAAUGCUGGGGCGUAUGGGUUCGAAAUCAGCUUCUUGACUAAGUUAACAGCGACUAAAGAUUUGGAGAACAAGCAGACGUUACUACACUACUUGGUCGACACGAUUGAGAGGAAGUUCCCUGACGCGCUCAACUUCGCAGAAGAAAUGCCCCACAUAGACAGGGCGGCCCGCGUUUCGAUGGAGAACGUGCAGAAGUCGCUAAAGAAGAUGGACAACGAUAUCCGAGCCCUAGAGACCGACCUCAACAACUCGAGGGUGCCCCAGGAGCCAGACGACAGGUUCCACGAGACCAUGAGCUCAUUCGCGAAAGAAGCCAGGGAACAAUGCGAUCUACUCCACUCCAUGUUCCGAAAAAUGGACGCGUUAUACACAGAACUAGCUGAAUACUACGUGUUCGACCCGCACAAGUACACGCUCGAAGAGUUCUUCUCCGAUAUCAAGACUUUUAAGGACUCUUUUGCGGCGGCAUACCAAGAGAACAUAGUAGCGAGGGAGACGGAGGAGCGAGCGAGACGGGCAAGGGAAGCUCGCGCCACGGCAGAAAGAGAGAGGAGAGAUCGACAGCACAGAUAUAAGCAGCUUGUCGACAUGGACCGAGCGCAAGAUGGCGUUAUGGACAGUUUGAUGGAGGCGUUACAAAGCGGGUCGGCGUUUAGCAGAGAACGGCCGAGGAAAAAGGCGAACCCGCGGGUCGCAGGAGCUGAACGGCGCGCGCAGCUGAGCCGCUCGAGGUCGCGGUCCGGGCUCACGGGACCUCUCACCACGCGGGAACUGACCAACGAGUUGCUUAGCAACGCGUGAUAGCUCAUAUCAAGUGAUACUAGUACCUAGUAUAUAGCAUAUACCCCAGUCAACAAGGAUUCAUUGAACCCAUGUUUAUUGUGUACCUAAAUGUGAUUUCGAGUUCUUAACACUUUGUAUUUUUAGCACUAUCGACUCUUAUUUAAUUACACAAACGGGUCUACUGCGAUAUAAUUUCAUUGUUUUUACCUUAAAUUCCGAUGUUUC